GCCUUCUCUCCCCCCCAGCCCUCUGGCCAUGGAGUAUCUGAAUGAUUUCGAUCUCCUGAAAUUUGAGGUGAAAUCCGAUACGCCUCCUCUUCCUCCUCCAUGCUCGUAUCCCAAACCGGACCUCCCCAACGACCCCUCGGGCUCGCCGUACGCCAGCAACCCCCUGCAGGACUCCAGUUUGAGCUCCAGUCCCUACAACUCGCUGCCACCUUCGCCCACUCUCAGCGACGCUCACCCGCCUCCCUCGGGCUCUUCCUCCCUCUCCUCGUCCUCCUCCUCCAUCUCCUUCCCGCUCUCCAUCUCCAACAGUUUCACCUCAGGCGUCAGCUCCGGCUCGCAGGGGAAUGUGGAGCGCAGCCCGGCUCACGGAGGCCCCCAAGGCCCCACACCUGCCUCUUUGGAGGACCUGAUCUGGCUGGCGGCGCUGCAGCAGCAGUUCGGAGGCGAGGUGACGGGCCCCGCCACUUUGCUGGGAGCUUUGGGAGGGGUGCAGGAGAGGGGGGACAGAGAGAGGGGCCCGGUCAACGGCUUCCUGGGCUGCGAAGACGCCGUGGAGGCUUUGCUGAACUCGGCUGCUGCAGCCGUCAGCUCACAGCAGUGCGGGCUGAACGAACGCUUUUCAGACGAGCAGCUGGUCAGUCUGUCCGUGCGGGAGUUGAACCGACACCUGCGAGGAGUGAGCAAAGACGAGGUGGUGCGUCUAAAGCAGAAACGCCGAACGCUGAAGAACCGCGGCUAUGCUCAGUCCUGCCGCUACAAACGUCUGCAGCACCGCCACGCUCUGGAGUCAGAGAAACAUCUACUCACACAACAGUUGGAACAGCUACAGUGUGAGCUGACUCGUGUUCUGAGGGAGAGAGACGCCUACAAAGCUCGCUAUGAGAAACUGCUCAGCACUAAUCAGAGUGUUGUGAACGACGCCCCUCAGUCACGCACCAGCAGCCCACCUUCUCCUCCCCCCGACUACUUCCUCUGAGUUUAACCCACACGGAUCAAUGGUCAGACUGUAUCAGUGUGUGGCACACAUGCUUGUACUUUUGUGUGACAAAAAGUGAAGAAGAGACCUCAGUAGACAGUUUUUAGAAAUGAACAAACAUGAAAACCAAAGGAGAACAGUUUAAGUCACUCAGUGCUUUAUGAACCUACAUUUACAAUCCUAAUUCUGAAAAAUAAAACAUAAAUAAAAAAAUAACAAUGCAAAUCUCAUAAAUAUCCACAAUGUGUAUAAAUCAUCACAAUGGAACAUGAUGUUUAAGUUAUUUUACAUUUGUUUAGGGUACAAUAAGGUAAUUUUGAAGACAUAUACACCAAGCCUUUUCAACGCUCUCCUGCUUAUUUGUGUAACCGUGAUGGAUUAAGAUGCUUUAAUACAGUCCCUCUCACUGCUGAGCGUGUCUGCUUUCUAUGCAAUACCACACCAGCAAUUUACUCUUUAAAUGAGUGGUGGAAGCUGACUGUAUUUGAUUUUUUUACCAUUAGCUGCUAGAGCUGCAGAGGUCUGAGUAGUGCAGUGGUGAUACGUGGAGUGGAAUGGAUCAAGUGUUUGUGACAUGCGGUUAAAUAUCUGCCUGCUCAUAUUUAGACUUCACAGUUGCCUACCAAAGUGUUUUAAGCUCAUCAAUACUUGUUAUUCCAUAUAAAACCAAGUAACCAUAAUGAAAAGAAUGUCAGAGGACGUCCCUUUUAUGGGAAUCAGAUAGUGACUGUUCUUAAAUGAGCAGAAGGGAACCUUACUUACUCUUGUGUUUUAGCAAAGAAAUCUUCUUCUUCCUUGUUGAACUGAUCAGCGACAGACUGAUGACUGCUUUCAACAAUCAGUUUGGACAUUUGGUGCAGAACGUAGAGCUGAUGGGGUGCUUAAGAGAAGCGAGUGCUUAACAGUGCAAAGAAAAACCAAAAAACGUGGCAUGGUAAACUGUGUGGUUGGGUCCAGUUCUCCAGGACCAGACAAGGCUCUGGAGAUCUGGACCCAGAUCAGAUCUGAUGUGACACCACAGAGCUGGUCACUGUGGACCUUGGUUCUACCAAAGAUAAACAUAUUAAUAGUGCAGGGAUGAAAACCAAGUAAAAAAAUCAACUUUAUAUAUUUGUGGGGACAUCUCAACUGUCUCAUGAAACAUUUGCCAGGUUUUAUUAGGGCGAUUUAUUUUGUGUAGCUGUAGGCUAAAUCAAUGGUUCUUUUAUUUAUUUUAUUAUUUAUUCACUAUUUAAUGUUUAUUUAUGUACCUCUAAUAAUUUCACUGGGUUUCUUUUUUCAAUUAGUGUGUAUUUUUACUUUCUUACAGUUGACUGAAUCCAGCUGUGAUUAGAAUGAGCCUGAUUAUAUCAUCACCAGUGUUUCCUGCUCCUGUUGUAGUGUGGUUUCACAUGGAAUAAAGAAAGUUGUUUGAAAUC